GUUCCAACAACAACAACAAUUUCGUAAGCCUAGAUUUUUGCUUAGCUCCGGUUUAAUAUGAUAUCGAGAACAAUCGUGUGUUGCUAAUAACCCGUAGUCGCAGCUCAAAAUCCCCAGAUGAUCGCCCAGAUGCAGCAGCAAAGGAUGUUACAGCAGAGGCAGGCGUUAUUACAGCAACAAAUGUACGCAGGUAUUCCUAUGAACAUGCAGGGAAUGAACAUGGGUAACAUGACGGCGGCCCAUCUCUCAGCCAUAAGAAACUCGGCGAAUAUGCAACGAGUAGGCGGCAAUAUGCCCCAUUUGCAGCAGGCGCAUCUCGCUCAACAGGGACAGCAUCAAAAUUCCCAGCACGCACAGCAUAUCCUUGCACAGCAGUUAGCAAUGCAACAGGCUCAAGCUCAGCACCAGGCGAAUAAUCAGAUGCACCAGGGAAAUCAACCUGGUCAUCCCGGGCAGAUGAACCCUCAACAAAUACAGAUCCAACAGGCACAAAUGGCGCAAUCGAUGGCGCAACAGGUCUCCCAGGGUCAGGGACCGCAACCUCAACCUCAACCUCAAGGACAGCCGCAACAGCAAGGACAGCCCCAGCCGCCGCAACAACCGGGUCAACAGCAACCCGGCCCGCAACCGGGCCAGCAACCGCAGCCGAACUCGCAAGGCCCCCAGAGAGCCCCGACGCCGGCUGUCGCGCAACCACCCCAGCCUCAGAACCCGGUGUCCAAUCCCGCACAAGGCAACCAACCGCAACAACCGCAAGGCCAAGGGCAGGUGCCCAACGGCCAGCAAAGCCAGCCUCAGCAGCAUACGCCGCAAGCUUUACAGGCAGUCCAUAUGCAGCUGCCAAAUAGCAUCCAGCAGCAGCUGUUGCACCAUCAACACAAAAAUGAUAGCAUGAAGGGCCAUUGUCUGAUAAAGCUGUUUCAGUUCGGCGAACAGCUCAGUAGUUAUCGUAUUAGUGAGGAGGUCCCACGACCAAAGGAUGACCUUACGUACUGGAAUAACUUCGUGUCACAAUUCUUCUCACCUAAAGGCGUCUUCCGGAUCUCUCUAUUCUAUGUCGGUAGCGACACGGGAAAUGAAGAGCAUACAGAUAAGCUAUACGAGAUAACACAGCCUGCGCUGGCACGAUACUUCCACACGCACUACGAGAGUGGGAUCAAAAAAAUUAAUUUGACAUUCGAAAAGGGCCUCACUGACAGACCGUUGCCGAAUGGCGGCCAUUUUAUCGAGAAUACUAAAGCACACUUGACCUAUUGGUUUGAACACUCUCACGUCAUUGCCUCAGGGACACUCCGAGCCCAGUUUGAUAGCGAGCAAAAGCUAGAUGUUUUAGAAUUUAUCACUAAAAGCCACGAAGAAUAUCACUCGAGGAAGAUGGUUACCGAAGCGGCGAGACCCGCACACAAUUGGGUCAAAGAAUGGCUAAAGGUCAAUGGUCAGGAUUCGCGAUUGUCUCCCGAGAUGAGCAAGAAAGGCAAAGCGAAGACAAUGAAGUCGCCGCCACAUCCACCCCCUGAUAUUGACCUGCCGCCAUCGGCUGUCAAGCAAAAUAUAGGCCUCACGGAAGCCGUAUUCCAGUUCCUCGAGAUUAUAGAAGUUGUCGGACAAAUGAAUCCAUUAUUCAACUUUUACCAUUCACAUCCGGGUCUUUCGCCUUACGCUGCGCUUGAGCAGUACGUCAACCAGAAUAUUACGAAUGGCCCUCAGCAGCCUCUAGUGAACGGCCAACCCCAGAGCAACGGUCUGCCCAACCCACGGACCCCUAAUUUCGGCCAAUUCCCUAUGGGCGCUUCGCCGGCUGCCGCGCAUCUACAGCUUCCGAAUUCUCCUCAUAUGGGUAGUCCUGCUCAGGGACACAUGCAAGCACCUGGCAUGCAAUUACAACAGAGUCAGCAAGGAACGAGCUCUAGCGGCCCCAGUUCUAAUACGAGCCCAGCAAGCAACAAACGAAGGAGGCCUUCCACGGUAAAAGUCGAGGAGGAAAACGGCGCUCCUACACCCGCGAGCAUGGGGGUCCCUCAGGUUAAUGGUGUCGCAAUGGCCAACAAGAAGCCGCCCGGAACUCCUCGAUUACAGAAGCGCGCGAAAGGUAACCCAGCGUGAUAUCUCAUACCCUCUAGAGUAAACGCGUUUGAGGAAAGGGAGUGGAAUUAUAAUAAAGCUGGCAUAUCGGCGUCGCUUCUGGAUAUGGAAUUACGUACCGUCGUUCGAUCUCGGCUCGGUUGCUUUAUACACAGCUGUACUACAUCGGCCGGAUGUUCAGGAUUUGCAUUAUUUUGAGGAUUAGGAAGGUUUGGAGGCUCUGAGCGAUUCCCACCCACGAUUUGACGUUUCUGACAGGGCCGAAUUAAUUACUUGAUAUUUCCAUCUACAUCAUCCAUUCCCAAUGGGGAAAAGCAAAGAAAAAUCGGCGUUAAUUUACGGUUGUGCUAUUUGAUUCGAGCCGCUUAUAGGGGUUACAUGUGGGUACAACCAUGUCAAGGGAUGACUCGAUUCCAGGCAGAGAUUCGAAAGUAUUCACCCCGUGUACGAUUACUUUCCAUUGCAUCCGGCUUCGAAUCGCGCUGUUAGACGCGCGGUGUCACUCGUGCUUUUUUUUUUUUUUUUUUUUUCUGUUUUCUUUUUUUUUU